UUUAAUUCAUUAAAAAAAAAAAUUUAAACGCACAUAUCAGCAAAUCAAAACUUAAGUAAAAUAAAUUGUUAAAACUUUGCUAACCACCCUUUGCGAUCCAAAUAUAUAGAGUUCGUGUAAUGGCGUAUCAUUUUAGUGCUAAUCAGUUCGAGAAGGCCUACAGCGCAAAACGUCUAUGCAAUUGGGAGUUGCCAAAGUGGUAUCCACCACAUCCGCGUAAACACAAGGCGCCCACGAAGGUCAUUGCUAACACUAACGGGCGUUUGUUGAACGAUAUUGCACGAACGGACAAGAAUCCUUGGGGCUACUUUCGCAGCACCUAUGAGUUACCACGUAAAAUAACUCGCAACUUUGCCGACGAAUACAACGAGUGUCUAAUCAGAAAACACAAAUGGCGAAAUUUCCCACGUAAAAAAAGUGUUUGUGCAAAAAACGAUGAGCCACCGAAAUGUGAAGACAAAUGCGAAACCGUUAGACGUAUUUUCAGUCCAGGUGAGCAAGGCAUUGGAAAGUGCGCCAAAGGUAAAGAAAAAAAGUAUUUCGAUUUAGAAUACGUGUCAGGCGAUUAUACACCUUACGGCGCGCAACACAACUCACGCGCGCAACUCCUGCAACAAAAGCACGAACGCGACAAUAAUUUUGAACCCGAACUGCCACUGGACAAACUGUAUCUAGGCGAUCACCUGUGUCGCUCAGAAAAGCCGGACGUUACGCUUACGCGUCCACUACCACUGCCAUUGACACGCGUCUCAUCGCCCUCCGCAGCAAAACUUACACCAAAGCGCACUGACGCGGAACCGCCUGCACUGACAGUACCGCAAAGUGACUUGAUGCCACCAGUGCAAACGGAAACUUCUCUAUUGCCACAAACGGCUGCUCUAACUGAUUCUGUUGGACCGAGUUUGGAAUAUUUUAAGAAGAAAUUCGGCUAUCAAAACCCCGACUCACCUACGGUGCAGAAUCUGGAGCAAAAGAUGCCGCUUAAUUCUAUUACGGUAAAGCCCAACGAACGUUCCCCGUCACCCGUCAUUCCAGCAUAUGCUAAUUUUGAAUUGGCCAAGCGCAUGCAUCAUGAUAAUUUGGAUCAUCAACCACUGCCGGAUUGCGUGGUGGAUAUGGCGUUCCGCAAGCGUCAAAUGACCGGAGAACACCCGGGUCUAGCGCUCGAUAUUUCCCCCUUUGCCACGGGCGUUGGCAUCAGGACACAUAAUGCUGGUCCGACGCAUUGUACGAAAAUGAAAGUGUUUCGACCGCGCACUUGCGGCGUUGUGCCCAAAGCCUACAAUGGCGACUUAUCGCGUGCAAUAUCUUCCGCGCAAUCACAACAUAAGCCAAUGACAGCAAUGGAUUUAGCCAUAGGUUGGGAUUAUAGGCCUGCCAAUCCGGCGAAUGAGCCACAGCCGCCACCGCACAUAGAUGGCUCUGACGACACCGCCGGUCCGGCCGUUUUCAAUUACGUGAAAACGCCACGCGAUGAAACUACAACAGAUCUUGGCCGCUCGGCUGGCGUAUUCAAUAGCACGCUCGGCGAAACGGGCUUCUUUGACAAGGACAUUAUACGCCGCAAAUCAGACUUUGGCGAUAGAAUAACCGAACGUGGUGCCGACUGCCUUUGCAACACCGACGACUGUGUUGCACGCGCGCCACGCGCACGCAGCAUGACUCGCAAUUGCACUAUGCCUACAAAUCGGUUGUGUAAACAAUAUCAAUCUUCGCCGAAUAUGUUGGUCGAUGAGGGAUAUCGUGCUCUGCGCCAAAAAUACCUUGGCGGCAGCGGCGGUGGCGUUACAGGUUCAUGCGAAGCGCUUAUACCCGAACGCGGCUGUAGACGAUCGAAAGCCAACGCUGGUGCGGCUGGCUUCUUAAGGCGUGCGCGCUCAAGGCUUUGUCACAAGGUGGCACCGGAGCCGCCCCACUGCUAUCACGCGGCGCCAGCACGUGCUGUCUGUAAAGCACCACCAUUUCGGGUGGGCGUACCAAAAUACGAUGCAGCUGGCUAUUUCGUUAGCACGGACAGUGGCUGCAGCAUGGAGGCUAACAACGCCAGUCGUGUUUUGGUGGUGCCACGGCAACGGGAUCCCUACGCAAAGCGGAAUUAUGAUAUUGACACGUUGGUGCCACCGUUUCGCAGUUUUGGCGGCGGCGCUGGAGAAGGCGGUUACCCGGAACAUUGGCGUUUGGCCAGUGUAUAUCAACACGCAUACAAACCACUCGAGCAACGACGAAGGCCGCUCCUCCAAACUGUUUACAAAUAAUGCAUGGUUUAGUGAGACGAUAU